GGCGCGGGGCCCGAGCCGCGGUGCGCGCCCGUGGCUCGGCCCAUGUCGCCGGAGCCGGGAUGAGGGCGCCCGCGCUGCUGCCGCCCGCGCUGCUGACCUGCUGCGGCUGGCUGCUCGCUCCCGUGAAUAGUGUUCACCCAGAAUGUCGAUUUCAUCUGGAAAUACAAGAGGAAGAGACAAAAUGUGCAGAGCUUCUAAAGACUCAAACAGGAGAAUACAAAGCCUGCACCGGUGUCUGGGACAACAUUACCUGCUGGCGCCCUGCAGACGUAGGCGAGACCGUCACAGUACCCUGUCCUAAAGUGUUCAGCAACUUUUACAGCAAACCAGGAAACAUAAGCAAAAACUGCACAAGGGAUGGGUGGUCGGAGACGUUUCCAGAUUUCAUAGACGCGUGUGGCUAUCAUGAUGCUGAGGACGAGAGCAAGAUCACCUUCUACAUCCUGGUGAAGGCCAUUUACACUCUAGGCUACAGUGCCUCCCUGGUCUCCCUUACAACGGGAAGCGUAAUUCUUUGCGUCUUCAGGAAGCUGCAUUGCACCCGGAACUAUAUCCACCUGAACCUGUUCCUCUCCUUCAUCCUCCGAUCCAUCUCAGUGUUGGUCAAGGACGACGUUCUGUACUCCAGCUCGGGCACACUGCACUGCCCUGACCAGCCAUCCUCCUGGGUGGGCUGCAAGCUGAGCCUGGUGUUUUUCCAGUACUGCAUCGUGGCGAACUUCCACUGGCUGCUGGUGGAGGGGCUGCACCUGCGCACCCUCCUCGUGGCCAUCUACUCCCCCGGCCGUUGCCUUGUGGCCUACCUCCUGAUCGGAUGGGGCAUCCCCACCGUGUGCAUUGGUGCGUGGACAGCCGCCAGGAUUGCCCUGGAAGACACCGGCUGCUGGGACACCAACGAUCACAGUGUUCCCUGGUGGGUCAUACGAGCACCGAUUCUGACAUCCAUCAUAGUCAAUUUUGUCCUCUUCGUUAGUAUCAUACGGAUCUUACUACAGAAGUUGACAUCUCCAGAUGUCAGCGGCAACGACCAGUCACAGUACAAGAGGCUAACCAAGUCCACGCUGUUGCUUAUCCCACUGUUCGGAGUUCACUACAUGGUAUUUGCUGUGUUUCCUAUCGGCAUCUCCUCCAAAUACCAGAUCCUGUUUGAAUUGGGCAUCGGAUCUUUUCAGGGCCUGGUGGUGGCCAUCCUGUACUGCUUUCUCAACAGCGAAGUGCAGAGUGAGCUGAAAAGGAAGUGGCGAGGCAUGUGCCCCAGCCAGCCCUGCGGCCAGGACUCCCAGCUGCACAGCUCUUCCGUCUCCAGGAAUGGCUCGGAAAGUGCCCUGCAGCACCCCCGGGGCUCCCGCGCCCUGUCCUUCCUGCACACAGAGACCUCGGUCAUCUAGCAUGCCACCGCCUCACAGAUGGACUCCCCGGGGGCAUGUUAGCUGUGACGUGCUAGCGCUGGUCUCUGUGUGUGCCUCGAUGGAACCGGGGUCACGCUGUGGCGGCUGGCUUUGCCCAGGUUGAUGGGCCCAUUCCCACGGAGAACAGGGGGCUUGAGAGGAGCAACAUGGGCCCAGAACCUGGAUCCUGCCGCCAUGGAAGGAAACGGGGUUUCUAGUCCUGCUGCCAGUGCUGGGCUGGGGCUGGGCCUUCUGUCUGUGUGACCCCAGUGCUGGUCCUCGCCCCCAGCCCCUGGGCAGGUGACUGGGGCAGCCCUGUCACCUGCAGGACACAACACUGAACAAGACCCACCCCUGUGGGUGUCCCCACGUGUCCCCUGGCCCCAGGGCGCCCUCCCCCUGCUUACUCCCAGGACAGACAAGGAGGGUGUCUGGCUGGCCGGCAGGGUAUAUGUCAUAAGGGCCCCUCCCACAAGAGGGGUGACCCAGGGACAGGUUCUAGGGCCAGGUCAUUGGGGUGACUGAGACACCAGGCAGUUUCUGGGGGGAGCAGAAACCUAGUCUCCUUGUGAUGAAAAUCAUCUUAAAGUCAUUUCUGUUUAA